CAUGUCAAGUGAGGUUCAAGCCCGGAUCAUCAUGCAGAGUCUACCUUUCACUUUUGCACUGCUGCCUCUUGUAAUGCUGCUUGCCCAAGGAGCCCCCUGCGUCAGCCACCUCCAAGACGUGUCAGAUACCUCAGGGGAUGGGAGCCUCGAACCGACGUCUAGGAAUCUGGAGAAUCUUUCGGCAGGACUCGUUUGCCUGAUCGGCAGUCUCCGUGACGAACACUUUGCGAAAGACUGGCCGGAAGAAAGCAUGUCGUCAUACAAGGACCACAAAAUCACGAUGCCUCACCUGAUCGUGGAGGACGGCUGUUUUUCUCAUAGAUUCAACAAAAAAAGGUGUUUGAGUCGGAUCGCAAGCAAACUGCAGCUGUACAGACCCUACCUGGAUUUUGUGAAGAUGGAGAAUCCGGGAUCCAGCGAGGUUGAUGACGUUAUCUCCAGGACUGACACCUUAACUCGCAGUAUAAAAGAUAAACUGCCGAAGGUGGAGGAGUCGGACACGAGCUCGCCGGGCGCGCUCCCGACGCUGCCCUCCGACAGAACCGAGUGGGAGAGGAAGAUCACGGUGCACGUGAUUCUCAGGGAGCUGGGCGUCUUCAUGGCCGAGACGCACAGAGCCAUCCGCUUCAUCAACCGGCGGCAGUGAGGAGGACCCCCGAGCUCAGACACACCACGGACAGAUUAACUGAAUUACUCUCUAAAAAACUCAGCGAUUUGUAGCCCCAGGCACAGAGUAUUCAUUAAAUCGCGGGGUAUGUGCAUACGAAUAACUGCUGGAGCGAUUUCAAGGGUAACUGACGAAGUUAACCUGAGACGUUAUUUUUUAUUUAUUUGCGAUGAAACGGAUUGACAGGUACCUAUUGCGUUCGGGCCGCGGAGACGUGGAGAGCCUCCUCUACUACUCACGCCUAUAUGUACAAAAACUGUUUGAAAGGUCACUUGAUUUUUGUAAUCAAUAAUGUAUUUUUAUACAUGGAUGCAUUUGUAUAUUUAUGUAUUUAUUUAAAUUAUUUUUUAAAGUACAGUCGGCUGUAUACAAAUUGAUAACUUGAAAACAUUUACCUGUGGGUAAUAAGCUAAUAUGACUGUGAGUACAGGACUGGCAUCUUGACCCGUGGGUCUGUAGUUUGAGUCCUGGUGCUGGCAGAUCAUCCCUGUGGGCCCUUAAGCCUCAAACUAUGGUGGGAAAGAUGAAGUGGAAAAAGAGGAGAAUUCCGAUGUAUUUGUACUCGUACUUGAGCAAAUGGCAAAUAAAGUAUUUAUCGUUUAAAUGUGUUGCAUA